AUGGAAAAUUUUUUUUCUCGGCACAUAACCAUAGCCGAGACAGGAGGAGACACUUGGAUUUACAGUAAAGGAUACACGGCUAGAAAAAAUAUCAUCUACAAUGAGUCUGGCGAAAGUAUAUAUGAGAUUCCAUUUGUCCCAAAACACUUCCAUGUUUUAGCAUUUGAAUACUUCUUAGUCGAUGAACUAAACGCUAUAUAUCUGGUUAACAAAAAUACAUUGGAAAUAUUGGAGAUUGGAAGAGUGAAAGAUGAAGUGGUUGCUCUCAGUGUAUCAAGAGAUGAAAAAUGGUGUGUUAUUGCCUCUACUACGGAGAUUCUUCUCUUUGAUUCAUAUAUUGACUUCAAGAAGUCGAUCAAAUUCGAAUUUAAUGAAGUAAUUCAGAUUGAAUGGACGGACUACGAGGUUUUUGGUGUACUAACUAGUAACAUGAUAUUCUUUUAUGAUAUCGAACUUAAUUUGGUAGGAAAAAGCAAAGAAAGGGAAUAUUCAAGUAUUUCUUGGAGAAGCAAAUAUAACGUAUUUGGAUGCUCAACGGGCAAGGAAAUCUGCUUCGUUGAACCAAAUGGACUUGAACAUGGAGAUCCAUUAGAGGUACGAUGUAACAAAUUGACUUUUCUUGAAAAUGAAGAUUUGCUGGCUACUAUUGAAAAUAAUGACGAAGGUUCUCUGCUCAAAGUGUUUUACACAAAGAAUUUUCAUUGGUAUUUGAAACUUUUGAAGCAAGUACCUGGAGGAUUCCUAUGUAGUGAAAAAAAUGCCGUGCUGUUCAAAGAUAAAGAGAGGAUAGCAAAGGUUUUUUUGUUUGAGGAGAAGACGCAUAGCGGCCCAGAAUAUUACGUGAUUGAUGGAAAUUGCAUACUUUACACAGACUUUUCGAAGAAAAUCGUUCCACCACCUUUCUUCUCUGUAAAAAUUGAGUUUGAUAGUAAUGUUAUAGAUAUCUUUCCAUCAGCAAAGAAGGGAGCAGUUCUCCUGAGAGACAAAGUGAUUAUUUUCAAAUGGAACGGAGAUAAUUUUAUUAGCGAAGAAGCUUUUUUUUUGGGAAGGGAAUUUGACUCUGUCGUUCAGUUUAAAAGUUUUCUCCUUCUAAAGAGUAAAGAUGAAUUUCUUAUAAAGAAAAUGAAUGGCGGUGAGGAAAUACGUAUCAACAGAAGUGUAAGAAUUCAAGAAGCAACAAGAAGAAACAUUAUGAAUGAAGAAAACAUUAAUGUCGUUACUAGCCAGCUCUGUGAAAUAUUGAACAGUUCGGUUGAUGUUGUUAGAUGUUACAACUUUGAAGAAAAGCUCUACUUACUGUUAGAAGAUGGUUCUGUUAUUCAUAAUGGUAGAAUAGUGCAUUCAGGAAUUGACCUAGAGAAAAGAUUUGAAAUAGUCAUAGGAGAAGAUAUCUUUGUUCAUAAUGGAACGAAGCUUUUUAAAAAUGGUAACGUUACAGAGAAUAUAACUUCAUUUCUGAUUGGAGAGCAUGGAAUAAUUACUGUAUCUGAAGGAACAGGUAGAUUUUUCUUAGGCCUUAAAGAAAGCACUUGCCAGGUUGAUCAUAGGUUGGAGCUUCUGUGUGCUCUGGACUUUAGGGUUGUUGGAUUGACUAGGCAUGGAACACUCGAGACAUACACGCCUAAGAUUUACACGCUAACUUUUAUAAGGAAGCUUUUACUUGAUGGGAAGUAUAAAGAUGCCAUAGAAGGAUGCCAAAGAUAUAUAAUUCCUUUUGGAGUAUUUUUGGAUUAUAACAUUGAACUUUGCAAGUUCAUAGAAGCAUGCAAAGAUACUCAUCUUAUAUCCUUCUUCAACGAAGCCCUACAGACGUUUGGAGAUUUCGAUUUUAUUCUUGAAAGUGAAAAGGUAAAAAGAUUCAGAAGGGUUUUUAAUUUUCCUAUGGUCUUGGAGCCUGGAAAGGGAAAAGAAUAUUUUGAAGUGUUAAUAGCUAACGACGAAUCAAUAAGUGAUGGCUCUCUUGAACAUCUAAUGGAAUAUAGAAAUGGAAAGAGCCAAGAAGACUCAAAAUUGGGUAACUCCAGAUACUCAAGAGACCUUCCUAGAGACGGGAAGAAACUAUGUGGGAGAAACACAAAAGAUUUCUUUAACGAGCUUUUCCAGUCAUUGGAUCUGGAAAGAAAUUUCAAGUUUGCCAUUUUCGCACUAGUGAAAGUAAAAAGAAUGGAUCUCGCGCUCCAAGUAGCUAAGCAUGAUAUGAAGGGGGGAAUUGGAUAUAUGCUUUCUAUAACUAAUAUGAGUAACAUUAUCAAUUCUGCAUUGGAAACUUGUGAAGAAGAUUUGGUGCAUGAGGUGAUGAAAAUUUGCCAGAAGGACUCAUCUGACUUUCUUUUUCUGAUACGUAACUGUGAGAAAGACCUACGAGGGUUUAAGAUUAAUGACUUCCUUAAGAACAGAAUAGAUGCACUUUAUCACAUAAGCAGAACCGGAAUGGUGGAUUUGGAAAGAGAAUAUAUCCAGAAGCACGAUCUUGUUGAAGAGGCAUUGAUGUAUGAGGCUUGUGGUUUGAGUAUUAGAAAGGAAGGAUAUUAUUUCAACCUAUGUGCAGAGCUUCUUCCGCCAGAAAAGGCAUUGAUUCUUUUCAAGAGAGCCCAAAACAUAGAAAAGGCAUUAGAAACAGCUAUAGAAAAUCUCUAUUGGAGAGAAGCAUUAGGCAUGUGUGUCAAAGAAAGACAAGAAGAACUCGGUAAGUCACUGGCUAGUAGGCUUAUUGAUUCAGGGAAGAAUUAUGAAGCAGGACAGUUAUUUGAGGAGUUCUUGGGAGAUACAGAAAAGGCCUUCAUUGAAUAUGUAAAGGCAAAAAGUAUGGGAAAUGCUCUUAGACUGUGUUCUGAUGGAGAACUUCUCAUGAAGGAAGCACGUGAAAUUCUCAAGGAAAAGCUUCUGGUACUUGAUGAUAUAAAGAAAUCGUUUAUAAAAUACAGAGACAGACUGAAAACUCUUGAGGAAAGAGAAGAUGAUUGUAUGAGUGAGACAUCGUUUAGUUACACCGAAAACAGAAGAGGUAGUAAGAGUACAAAAGUAAAGAAUAGGCCAGGAGGAGGAUAUGAAAAAGAGUUUGUACUCGGAAAGAUUAGAGAUAUUGGCUUGAAUUUGAUGAGGUGGAGGGAUGAAACCGAGGAUCUUUUGAAGGUAUUUGAGAAAUUUGAGAUGAAAGAGUGCAUCGAUGCACAUAAUACCUCAUUUAGCGCAGUAGGUGAAGUUUUAAAGAUGGAAAUAGACAAUGUAUUCGGAACAGAAAAAAGACAUCUUUAUGAAUCAAAUAGGCCGAUUGUUGAGAAGCCAGAUCUCAGCAAAUGGCUUUAA